UUACUGUGUGUGCAGCACCCCGAGUACUGUGGGCUGCCAGCCUAGCGCCAGUCACAGGGCCUCGGACACUGCCCAGUUCUCACGCCACAAAGAGCGAAAGACAAGUCCCUCAAAGCAAGGAGCCCGUUGGGGAAGAUGAGUGGCAUUGGCUGGCAAACACUGUUCCUAUCGCUGGGAUUAGUGUUGUCGAUCUUGAACAAGGUGGCGCCUCAGGCGUGCCCGGCCCAGUGUUCCUGUUCUGGCAGCACGGUGGACUGUCAUGGGCUGGCACUGCGCAGCGUGCCCAGGAAUAUUCCCCGCAACACCGAGAGACUGGAUCUGAAUGGAAAUAACAUCACAAGGAUCACGAAGACAGAUUUUGCUGGUCUCAGGCACCUCAGAGUUCUUCAGCUCAUGGAGAACAAGAUCAGCACCAUCGAGAGGGGAGCAUUCCAGGAUCUGAAGGAGCUGGAGAGACUGCGGUUAAACAGAAAUAACCUCCAGUUGUUUCCUGAGCUGCUGUUUCUUGGGACUGCGAAGCUCUACCGGCUUGAUCUCAGUGAAAAUCAAAUUCAAGCAAUUCCAAGGAAGGCUUUCCGUGGGGCAGUUGACAUUAAAAAUCUGCAACUGGAUUACAACCAGAUCAGCUGCAUUGAAGACGGGGCGUUUAGAGCUCUAAGAGACCUGGAAGUGCUCACUCUGAACAAUAACAAUAUUACUAGACUUUCAGUGGCAAGUUUCAACCAUAUGCCUAAACUUAGGACAUUUCGACUCCAUUCGAACAACCUGUACUGCGACUGUCACCUGGCCUGGCUCUCAGACUGGCUUCGCCAAAGGCCUCGGGUGGGCUUGUACACUCAGUGUAUGGGCCCAUCCCACCUGAGAGGCCAUAAUGUAGCAGAGGUUCAAAAACGAGAGUUUGUCUGCAGUGGUCACCAGUCAUUCAUGGCCCCUUCCUGCAGUGUUCUGCACUGCCCUGCUGCUUGUACUUGCAGCAACAAUAUUGUAGACUGCCGAGGGAAAGCUCUCACUGAGAUCCCUACAAAUCUGCCUGAGACCAUCACCGAAAUACGUUUGGAACAAAACUCCAUCAGGGCCAUCCCUCCAGGAGCCUUCUCACCCUAUAAAAAGCUCAGAAGAAUCGACCUGAGCAAUAAUCAGAUCUCUGAGUUGGCACCUGAUGCCUUCCAAGGACUGCGCUCCCUGAAUUCACUUGUCCUAUAUGGAAAUAAAAUCACAGAACUUCCCAAAAGUUUAUUCGAAGGAUUAUUUUCCUUACAGCUACUAUUAUUGAAUGCCAACAAGAUAAACUGCCUUCGGGUAGAUGCUUUUCAGGACCUGCACAACUUGAACCUUCUCUCCUUAUACGACAAUAAGCUUCAGACCGUUGCCAAGGGCACCUUCUCAGCUCUCAGAGCCAUCCAGACUAUGCAUUUGGCCCAGAACCCUUUUAUUUGUGACUGCCAUCUCAAGUGGCUAGCGGAUUAUCUCCACACCAACCCAAUUGAGACCAGCGGUGCCCGUUGCACCAGCCCCCGCCGCCUGGCUAACAAAAGAAUCGGACAGAUCAAAAGCAAGAAAUUCCGUUGUUCAGCUAAAGAACAGUAUUUCAUUCCAGGUACAGAAGAUUAUCGAUCAAAAUUAAGUGGAGACUGCUUUGCAGACUUGGCUUGUCCUGAAAAGUGUCGCUGUGAAGGGACCACAGUAGACUGCUCCAAUCAAAAACUCAACAAAAUCCCAGAUCAUAUUCCCCAGUACACAGCAGAGCUGCGUCUUAAUAAUAAUGAAUUCACAGUGUUAGAAGCCACAGGAAUAUUUAAGAAACUUCCUCAGUUACGUAAAAUCAACUUUAGCAACAACAAGAUCACCGAUAUCGAGGAGGGAGCAUUUGAAGGCGCAUCUGGCGUGAAUGAAGUCCUUUUCACCAGUAACCGCUUGGAAAGCGUACAGCAUAAGAUGUUUAAAGGAUUGGAAAGCCUCAAAACCCUGAUGCUAAGAAGUAAUCGAAUAAGUUGUGUUGGGAAUGACAGUUUCAUAGGACUCGGUUCUGUGCGUCUGCUUUCUUUAUAUGACAAUCAAAUUACUACAGUUGCACCAGGGGCAUUUGAUAGUCUCCAUUCAUUAUCUACACUAAACCUUUUGGCCAAUCCUUUCAACUGUAACUGUCACCUGGCAUGGCUGGGAGAAUGGCUCCGAAGGAAAAGAAUUGUAACAGGAAAUCCUCGAUGUCAAAAGCCCUACUUCCUCAAAGAAAUCCCAAUCCAGGAUGUAGCCAUCCAGGACUUCACCUGUGACGAUGGAAAUGAUGACAAUAGCUGCUCUCCACUCUCGCGCUGCCCUUCAGAAUGCACUUGCUUGGAUACCGUAGUACGAUGUAGUAACAAGGGCUUGAAGGUCUUGCCUAAAGGUAUUCCGAGAGAUGUCACAGAGCUGUACCUGGAUGGGAACCAGUUUACACUGGUCCCCAAGGAACUCUCUAACUACAAACAUUUAACACUUAUAGACUUAAGUAAUAACCGAAUAAGCACCCUUUCCAAUCAAAGCUUCAGCAACAUGACCCAGCUUCUCACUUUAAUUCUCAGUUACAAUCGUCUGAGAUGUAUCCCUCCUCGGACCUUUGAUGGAUUGAAGUCUCUUCGGUUACUGUCUCUACAUGGAAAUGACAUUUCUGUUGUGCCUGAAGGUGCCUUCAGUGACCUUUCAGCCUUGUCCCACUUAGCAAUUGGAGCCAACCCUCUUUACUGUGAUUGUGACAUGCAGUGGUUAUCCGACUGGGUGAAGUCGGAAUAUAAGGAACCUGGAAUUGCCCGCUGUGCCGGUCCUGGAGAAAUGGCAGAUAAACUGUUACUCACAACUCCCUCCAAAAAAUUUGCAUGUCAAGGCCCCGUGGAUAUUACUAUUCAAGCCAAGUGUAAUCCCUGUUUGUCAAAUCCAUGUAAAAAUGAUGGCACCUGUAACAAUGACCCAGUUGAUUUUUAUCGAUGCACCUGUCCAUACGGUUUCAAGGGGCAGGACUGUGAUAUUCCCAUCCAUGCCUGUAUCAGUAACCCAUGUAAACAUGGAGGAACUUGCCACUUAAAAGAAGGAGAAAAUGAUGGAUUCUGGUGUACUUGUGCUGAUGGGUUUGAAGGAGAAAACUGUGAAGUCAAUAUUGAUGAUUGUGAAGAUAAUGACUGUGAAAAUAAUUCUACAUGUGUUGAUGGAAUUAACAACUACACAUGCCUUUGCCCACCAGAAUACACAGGUGAACUGUGUGAGGAAAAGCUGGACUUCUGUGCCCAGGAACUAAAUCCCUGCCAACAUGACUCCAAGUGCAUCCUGACACCAAAGGGAUUCAAGUGUGACUGCACUCCAGGAUACAUUGGUGAGCACUGUGACAUCGACUUUGAUGACUGUCAUGAUAACAAGUGCAAAAAUGGUGCUCACUGCACAGAUGCAGUGAACGGAUACACAUGCAUCUGCCCUGAAGGCUACAGUGGCUUGUUUUGUGAGUUUUCUCCACCCAUGGUCCUCCCUCGCACCAGCCCCUGCGAUCAUUUUGAUUGUCAGAAUGGAGCUCAGUGCAUCGUCAGGAUAAAUGAACCAAUAUGCCAGUGUUUGCCCGGCUACCUGGGAGACAAGUGUGAAAAACUGGUCAGUGUGAAUUUUGUAAACAAAGAGUCCUACCUUCAGAUUCCUUCAGCCAAGGUUCGGCCUCAGACGAACAUCACACUUCAGAUUGCCACAGAUGAAGACAGCGGCAUACUCCUGUAUAAGGGUGACAAAGACCACAUUGCUGUGGAACUCUAUCGGGGGCGAGUUCGAGCCAGCUAUGACACCGGUUCUCACCCGGCUUCCGCCAUUUACAGCGUGGAGACAAUCAAUGAUGGAAACUUCCACAUUGUGGAGCUACUGACCCUGGAUUCUAGUCUUUCCCUCUCCGUGGAUGGAGGAAGCCCUAAAAUCAUCACCAACUUGUCAAAACAAUCUACUCUGAAUUUCGACUCCCCACUUUAUGUUGGAGGCAUGCCGGGGAAGAAUAACGUGGCAUCCCUGCGCCAGGCCCCUGGGAAGAACGGCACCAGCUUCCAUGGCUGUAUCCGGAACCUUUACAUCAACAGUGAGCUGCAGGACUUCCGGAAAGUGCCCAUGCAAACCGGAAUUUUGCCAGGCUGUGAACCAUGCCACAAGAGAGUGUGUGCCCAUGGCACAUGCCAACCCAGCAGCCAAUCAGGCUUCACCUGUGAAUGUGAGGAAGGGUGGAUGGGGCCCCUCUGUGACCAGCGAACCAAUGACCCCUGCCUUGGAAACAAAUGUGUACAUGGCACCUGCUUGCCCAUCAAUGCCUUCUCCUACAGCUGUAAGUGCCUGGAGGGCCAUGGGGGUGUCCUCUGUGAUGAAGAAGAAGAUCUAUUUAACCCCUGCCAAAUGAUCAAGUGCAAGCAUGGAAAGUGCAGGCUCUCUGGACUCGGUCAGCCCUACUGUGAAUGCAACAGUGGCUACACUGGGGACAGCUGCGAUAGAGAAAUUUCUUGUCGAGGGGAACGGAUAAGAGAUUAUUACCAGAAGCAGCAGGGCUACGCUGCCUGUCAAACAACAAAGAAAGUGUCUCGCUUAGAGUGUAGAGGCGGGUGUUCUGGUGGGCAGUGCUGUGGACCUCUGAGGAGCAAGAGGCGGAAAUACUCUUUCGAAUGCACAGAUGGGUCCUCCUUUGUGGAUGAGGUUGAGAAGGUGGUGAAGUGCGGCUGCACGAGAUGUGCGUCCUAAGUGCAUCUCCAGAAGCUUCCAUCUUCGGCGACAGCUGUAUACUUCUUGACCAUGUUGGACUGAUUCAUGCUUCAUAAUGGAAAUAUUUGAAAUAUAUUGUAAAAUAGAGAACAGACUUAUUUUUAUUAUGAUAAUAAAGACUUGUCUGCAUUUGGAAAAAAAAUAAUAAAAGACAUGCUUGUACUAAAGCGUCCCCUACACUGGAGAAGUGUGAAGAAAACCCACACGUGGAGGCAUUAGUGCAGCGGUGGGGACCAUUGCAUCAUGGAGCCAUCUUUGGAACAUGCUAUUGCUAGCAGAAGCACAUAUCCAAGAGCCCGACACAGGACUGUACACUCACAUGCGAUUGCCCAUAGCAUAAAACCCAUGACCCCAUUCACAUCAGUGCAGUUCACAAGGACAUAUUGAGCACAAAUGUGUGAAUGAGACUGUGAGGCAGAUCAAUGGAAAUCCAGCAUCUGUAGACAGAUACAAGGGAUGAGAAAUAUUUUGUGCAAGAUAUUAAGUGUCCUGAUGCUUGGGUUUCAGUCAGAGAGAAAUGGGUGUGGAGUGCUGCAAUGUAUUUUAUUGUCUUUGGCAAUGACAGCACAAACAGCACACGAAGGUGUUUAUCUACCACUUUCCAGUAUUAAAUUUUUGUAAUAUAAAGAUAAAGGAGAUGAUUAAGAACCAAUAGAUUAUUGAUAAAAAUAGUAAUAAUAUGAAUUUUUGUUUCUAUGAGUUCUAAAUAGCCCUAUACAGUAUUCAUUUUCAAUGAGGAAUAUUUAUUGUAUUAAAGUACAUUGUACUUAACGAUUUAGGUCAUCACUUUGGACUAUUUCUUGAUGCUUUAAUAUAUAUUAAUUUAUAAUGUCCUGAUAUUUUUGU